AUGACAAUUCUUGUCGUAGAUCGAUACUACAUGCUCAUGAACUUACUCUUUGCUCUAACUUGUCUCCUCUUGAACUUAACUCAUUGCUUUAGCCCCAAGAAAUUCAACAUUUCAGCCGCCACGACCAGCGAUUCUGAUUGGUCUAUCGCCGGAUCUACGUGGUAUGGUAACCCCACCGGAUACGGAAGCGACGGUGGAGCUUGUGGUUAUGGAAAUGCUGUUGCACAACCUCCGUUUUCGAAAAUGGUAUCAGCCGGAGGUCCGUCGUUGUUCAAGUCAGGAAAAGGAUGUGGUGCAUGUUACCAGGUAAAAUGCACUUCGAAAUCGGCAUGUUCGAAAAAUCCUGUUACGGUGGUCAUUACAGAUGAAUGUCCUGGAUGCGUUAAGGAGUCGGUCCAUUUCGAUUUGAGUGGUACAGCGUUUGGUGCCAUGGCAAUUUCUGGUCAAGAUAGUCAGCUUCGCAAUGUCGGAGAAUUGCAGAUUCUUUAUAAAAAGGUUGAGUGCAACUAUAUAGGCAAAACGGUGACAUUUCAAGUGGAUAAAGGUUCAAACGCUAACUCCUUCGCGGUUUUGGUUGCGUAUGUAAACGGAGACGGCGAAAUUGGCCGAAUUGAACUCAAACAAGCUCUAGAUUCUGACAAGUGGUUGUCUAUGAGCCAAUCAUGGGGCGCCGUGUGGAAGCUCGACGUGUCGUCACCUUUGCGUGCCCCGCUCUCUCUCCGAGUGACUUCGUUGGAAUCCGGCAAGACUGUUGUGGCUUCCAAUGUCAUUCCCGCAAACUGGCAACCCGGUGCGAUAUACAAAUCCAACGUCAACUUUUAAGACUAGCUAGAACUAAACUAAUCAUAAAGUAUAAAUAAUAUCUCUUACUUAAAUGUUCAAUCCCGUGUGGUGGCAAUAAUAUAAAUUAGGUCUAGUGUGCUCAAAUGUUUGUUCAUUUGAGUUGUGGUUUAUACAUAUGUCAUAUAUAUGUGGUAAGUUUACGCCUUUACACAGAAAACUUGUAUCCAGGGUGAUAUACUUUAUAAAAGGAAAGGAUUUUUAAGCUAAAAAAAAGAAAAGCUAAUGUAUUUGUCCAUAUAGGCAAGUAUACAUU